UUUCUGCCACCACUCGUUCAAGUCCACAUCCAUUGUACACAGGUGUCUGCUGUCUCUGAAUUUGGGAUUUUGAAUAAUAAUAAUUAACAUUUCUCCACGACCUCCUCCCACUUUAACCGUUAAGAUCUAAAUAGUCAAUAAUGGGUCCUAUUUCUGCCGAGCAGGCCCGAGGGGUCCAUAAGGCGGCCGUCGUUCGGGAUUAUAUUUCUCAACCGAGAUUAGUGUACAAAACGGUGUCUGGAGUAAAUGGACCACUCGUCAUCUUGGACGACGUUAAAUUCCCGAAAUACGCAGAAAUUGUGGAACUUCACUUACCCGAUGGGACCCACAGGUCUGGACAGGUUUUGGAAGUUUCUGGGUCGAAGGCUGUGGUUCAGGUUUUCGAGGGCACAUCCGGAAUUGAUGCCAAGAACACGGUUUGCGAGUUUACUGGGGACAUUCUCAAGUCACCUGUGUCGGAGGACAUGUUGGGUCGCGUAUUCAAUGGGAGUGGAAAGCCUAUUGAUAAAGGUCCUCCCAUCUUGGCUGAGGAGUACUUGGACAUUCAAGGACAACCAAUUAACCCAUGGUCUAGAAUUUACCCAGAGGAAAUGAUUCAAACUGGCAUUUCCGCUAUUGAUGUGAUGAAUUCCAUUGCUCGUGGACAAAAAAUUCCAAUUUUCUCUGCUGCUGGUCUUCCCCAUAAUGAAAUCGCUGCGCAGAUUUGUCGUCAAGCCGGAUUGGUCCAACUUCCAGGGAAAUCAGUGCUGGACGGACACGAGGACAACUUUGCGAUUGUGUUCGCUGCUAUGGGUGUGAACAUGGAGACGGCUCGAUUUUUCAAACAAGAUUUCGAAGAAAACGGCUCUAUGGAUAACGUGUGCCUGUUCUUAAACCUGGCUAAUGAUCCCACCAUUGAGAGAAUUAUCACGCCUCGACUGGCACUCACCGCCGCAGAGUUUUUGGCCUACCAAUGCGAAAAGCACGUUCUCGUCAUCUUAACGGACAUGAGUUCUUAUGCGGAGGCUUUGCGAGAAGUAUCAGCUGCCCGUGAAGAGGUGCCGGGUCGUCGAGGCUUCCCAGGUUACAUGUACACAGAUUUGGCCACCAUUUAUGAACGAGCUGGACGAGUCGAAGGAAGAAAUGGAUCUAUUACCCAAAUUCCAAUCUUAACUAUGCCAAACGACGAUAUCACUCAUCCAAUUCCCGAUCUUACUGGGUACAUUACGGAGGGACAAAUUUACGUCGACAGGCAACUCCACAAUCGACAAAUUUAUCCCCCAAUCAACGUACUUCCUUCCUUGAGUCGUCUGAUGAAAUCUGCUAUUGGUGAAGGGAUGACGAGAAAGGACCAUGCCGACGUUUCCAAUCAGUUGUACGCGUGCUAUGCCAUUGGUAAGGAUGUGCAGGCCAUGAAGGCCGUCGUGGGUGAGGAAGCUUUGUCCGCUGAUGAUUUGCUUUAUUUGGAAUUCCUCGGAAAGUUUGAAAAGAACUUUAUCUCGCAAGGAAAUUAUGAAAACCGCACCGUGUUUGAAUCUCUGGACAUUGGAUGGCAACUUCUCCGUAUUUUCCCUAAGGAAAUGUUAAAACGUAUCCCUGCUACCACUCUUGCAGAGUUCUACCCAAGAGAUUCCAGACACACUCAGUCUACAAAAAUGACGACGCAGAUGUAAAAUGAAAGAAUAAUCUCGACAUGAUAAAUCAUCAGCUCAUUUUUUUCAAUAUUAUGUUACUAGGCGUGACAAGUCAUAUUAUGUCCAAAAAUAAUAGUUUUUUUGUGUGUAGAACAUAUUUACUAUGAU